ACCAGCAGUCCUGCAUGAGCGUUCAAUCCGUGAUAUUCGCUUAGUCGCUGUAAUUUGUUUCUAGAAUAUUUUCUUUUUAUCCACAUUUGAUUGCGGCAGUGAAUGGGUCGUGUAAUUGGGCGAAACGGUAGACAAGAAUUUCCGCACGUGAAAACGUAUUGCGUUUUUCCGAAUCCAGAACAAUUUUGUUGCAGUUUGAUGUUCCUAUUAGUGAGAAAAUAGUUAUUUGUAUUCUAUAGUUCCUGAUUGUAGUACAUUGCGGGAAGUCUUGAACGUUACAUGUUUCAUAACUAGACGUGACGGUGCAGAGAAAGUUCAUUCAGAACGAUAUAGUAAUCAACGUGAUAACUUGCUGGUAGCGCGGCGCAGCGAUUGCUGGUUUGUUUCCGACACAGAGCGAAAUAUUCAUAAAGCAUCAACUACAACGAAUGCAACGGUGAUUUGAGGAUAAAUUUACGCAGAUUUAUUGGGUCCAUUAAGUUAACACAAUGAUCACGGAUCUGUAUGCCUAUUUCACCAACCUACCACGAUGGCACAUAUUUGCCAUAUUUCUUGUCGGCUACUUAAUUUACUAUCUUUUAGAGGUAGUUAAGCGACCUAUCCUAGCCGUGUCGAAUGGUCCCUUCAAAAAAUAUCUUCGCAAGAACAUUCCCAUUCUGGAAAUGAAGUUUUGGCCGACGUUCUGGUGCGUGGAGAGUCGGGCUCAAACUGUUUUUGCUAGCAUCAUCCGUUCGAAUAUGAUGCCUAACAUCGAGUAUCGUCGGGAGGUGCUCACCCUGAAGGAUGGCGGCGAGGUGGCUCUAGACUGGCUUGAAACUGACUGUGAUAGUGAGUCACCGUUGAUCAUAAUUCUGCCAGGAUUAACAGGUGAAUCACAAGCCGAAUAUAUCAAAUGCUUGGUCAUGGCAGCGAAUCGCAAUGGCAUCCGAACGGUUGUUUUCAACAACCGUGGAUUGGGAGGGAUGGAGCUGAAAACUCCUCGACUGUACUGUGCGUCCAACAGUGAAGAUCUGGCCGAAGUGGUUAGCCAUGUCAGAAAGCUGAAUUCCCACGUCAAAAUAGGUGCCACUGGCAUAUCCAUGGGUGGUCUGAUCCUUGGGAAUUAUUUGGCAAACUACAGUGACGUAGCCAAGUCGGUAUUGACCGCAGCAAAAAUCAUCUCCGUUCCGUGGGACGUUAAUAAAGGUUCUGACAGUAUUGAACAGCCUUAUUUGAAUAGCAUGCUUGGUCGCCAUUUAGCCGGCAGUUUAUGUCGCACUGUGCGGCAAUAUGAUAUUCUGAGAAACGAAGAGUUUGAUUGGGAUAUGGAUGUUGUUCUGCAGAGCAAGACUAUCAAGGAGUUUGAUUCCCACUUCACGUCCAAACAUUUCGGCUACAAAGACGUUUACAGUUAUUACGCACAGGCUACACUGCACAACAAAUUGCACAAAAUAAAGGUACCUCUGCUGUGCUUGAGCGCAGCUGACGAUCCGUUCCAGCCACUGGAUGCCAUCCCGAUCAAGGCUGCCGAGAAGUCGUCCCACGUUGCCAUCCUCAUUACGGCCCGCGGCGGUCACAUUGGGUUCCUUGAGGGUUGGUGGCCAGCCAAUAAGGAUCAGUACAUGGGUCGCCUCUUCAGCCAAUUCUUUUCGGCGGCUCUUUUUGAUCCAAACAAUGAAUUCUAUCGCACUGCACAGCUGAUGAUGGAGCACAACCUGCAGUCAUCGACUUCGGUUCCGACAACGCCCAUAUCGCGUUCAUCUAGUCCUAUUCGAAAAAAAUCUAUUCCAUUCUAAUAGUAGCAGAGGGUAAUACCAUAGGAUAAACAAAAUUAUUUGUUUUAGGAGAAGAACAAUGAAAUAACUUGUAUUGUACAUUUUGAAAGCAUAUUCCAAUUAUAACAUCCAAAAAUUGAUAUUUAUGAUAGUAAUACUAUUUUAAUAAAACCUGCAAAAUCAUUAGUAAGUAAAUUAAAAUUGAUGCAAUUAAAUACAACUAUUUUAGGUAAAGAUACUGUGAGAUUGUUCUAUUUAUUUUAUCUGCUUUGAUAUUGUUUAUAGUUUUCUUUUAAUCUGCUGAAUUAGCAUAGAUCCCAGAUAUUUUUCUCGUUAACUAAAAUUAAAAAAAAAAAAUUAUGAUAUGUAUGGAUGCACAUAUUCAGUCGAGUAGGAACAAGUUCUUCUUUUUAUACUCUACAUUAUUGAUUUAAUUUCCUAUCCAGCUUUCCACGAUCG